AUGGCCCCCGAUGCGAAGCACUUCCUCUCCGGCCGCACCGUCUUCGUCUGCGGCGCCGGCAUCUCUGGCCUCACCUUCGUGCUGUCCCUGCUGCAGCAAUGGGACCCCGCCGUCCCGGCGCCUUCUGAGAUCCUCCUCGUCGACACCGACGACCGCGCCGCAAGCAUCGCCCGCGGGGCCUACGACCUGCAGCUCAAUGCCGACACCGAGGAGGCGCCACUCGUCGGCCUGCGCGACCUCGGCCUGCUCGACGCCGUGCUCGCGCGCGCCACCACGCGCACCAACCCGGACGCCGUCAUGCACGUCUGGGACAAGUCGUGGAAGUCGCUGACCACGAUCAAGCCCAAGGUCGUCGAGAGCUUCGCCGGCACCCCGGGCGUGCGCAUCCGCCGCGCAGCCCUCCUCGAGAUCCUCGUCGAGGCCGUCGAGGCGCGCACCACCAUCCGUUGGGGCACCGCCGUCCAGGACGCCCAGCGCCUGCCGGACGGCACGCUGCGCGUGUCCCUCCUCGAGAAGGCAUCCGGCGCAGCGUCACAGCGCGACUGCGACCUGCUCGUGGCCGCCGACGGCGACGAGAGCACCCUCCGCCGCGUCUUCCGCCCCAACGACGACACCAAGCCCAUCGGCUACAUCGCUAUGGGCGGGCAGGUCGACUUUGGCGACGCCACAAGCGCGCCCGCGCCGCUGACGCGCGACUUUGGCAUCAUCGUCGGCGGCGACGGCGUCGCCUCCGCCGUCGUGCAGCUCAAUAACGCCGGCAAGCUGCUGUGGUCCGUCUUCAAGGAGGAGAAGAAGGCGCCGGCCGGCGACGCGUAUGACAACACAAGCGCCGCCGCGUUCCAGGCGCUCCUCGACGAGGCGCGCGCCACCUCCAAGAACAUCGCGGAGCCGCUCCCGACGCUCAUCGCCAAGACCAAGCAGGAGACGAGCUUCCGGCGACCGGUGCGCGAGCGCGAGGCGUUCGGCCACGAGGCGGCGGCGCUGCGCGGCGUCGUCUUCCUCGGCGACGCCAACCGCCACGUCAGCGUGUACAUGAACAACGGCGGCGCGCUGGCGGUGCGCGACGGCAUUGACCUCGCGCGCGCGCUCGUGGCGCAGCCGGCGUCGGUGGAGGCGGCCACGGCGGCGUACGACAAGACGGCGCUGCCGCGCAGCACCAAGUCCAUCAAGGCCGGGCGGCAGACGAUGAACACGGCGCACCUCAGCGGUCUUAAAUGGACCCUGGCCAAGACGGCCCUAUCGGCGGGUAGCUUCUUCUCAGGGCAGUAG